AUCACCAUCAUCCAGGCACCACUUUGAGACUCCUGCGAUGCAUUACCUUUACUUUCGGUGCAUCUUCGAAAUCCAACAAGCUGUCCUGUCCACCACCCGUCCUUGUGGUCAAAGAGGGGAAAGAGCGCAAGAAGACCUGCAUGGGACUUUCUCCAGCCGGGAAAUCAGUCGUUCGCGCAACGUAGACGAAACCGCGGGGAAGGGUAACAGCGCGGGUGGGGAAUUGCAGAUUUCGAGGAUACAGGAUAAUUUUCAGCCUCGAGAUCGGUAUUGUGUGCACUCUCAGUCGUGCUCAUCCCUCUCUAGCACAUGAGUUACGGGCCCACUGACGUCUUCUGCAACAUUAUGCAUCAGCCUCGGUCUCGACCGUGCCCGCUGUCUCAGCAAGCAACUGGUACUAUUCAGACGCAUCGAGUCCUAGCACAUCGGAUCGAUCGUGCUGCGGCACGCACGAGUGAGGGGAGGUAUGUUUCCCUGCCAAGUUUCUCAUCCUUCUCGCGCUUCUUGCUCCAUACGGCUCCAUCUCCAUCUCCGGCUCCAUCUCAUCACAUGAAUGGGAAUAGCGUUUUCCGUGUUAACGGGAGAUAUCAUGGUGUGGUAAAACAUCACAACUUCGUUGCUGGGAUCUGGAUUACCGGACACUUCCCCCAGAACCGGCGAAUGGACCCUCGUGAAUACGAAUCGAAUAUAUGGUCCUCUAUCCAGGAAGCACAUAAAAGUCAUUGUCCAUCGAAUAUUCCGCCACUACUAUCGAGUUGUCCAAAACACGUCUUCAUUUGCACACCCGUUCAUAAGAAUUCUGUCACACUCGGCUUCUCGCGUUGUUGCCCUGCUACCAUUGUGACAUGUACCUUACAUGCCGGGCGUCGUCAUUCAACGUUGCCCUUCAACUGGCACCGAAGUCCGCCGGUACAGGGUGAUUGAUCACUGCCACCGUGCGUACCACACACUUCGGCGAUUCUCAUGGACAAGCUUAAUAGAUUGUGAGUUAAGGAUAUUUCACUCGAAAAAAUCCGGCGCAGAUGAUUCCGCUGACGUCGUUUCAACGUUGGAUCACCUGCAAUUACGCUUGUCUAGUCAAACAUACCCCAUGACGAAAGUUUUUCUUUCUUUGUGGACACAAGUUAAGGUUACGCGCUAGCCGAUAGAAGUAAGUAGAAGGCCCUUGUGACACCUUCAGCGGUAAACUGGGACCUGGACUGAAUUUCUGGACA